AGCUGUUCAAGAUUACAAUAGGGCGUAGUCAUUGCGUAAUAGUUCUAGCUGAAGAGCCAAGCGAAGCACUAAUUUCAAAAUGACUAAGGAAGUUGGUUUAGUUGUGCAAAAGCAGAAGGUGAAAAUUGAAAACAAUAUUGUGAAAGGCAAAGAAGUGGCAUUUGAAAUAAGCUACACUCACCUGGGCAAGUACAUCUUGGACAAUAUAUCGGUGUCGCCCGAUAAAGCUGCUCAGAUAGAUGCGGCAACCGGUAAAAUCGAUACGUUUGGCGACGUAAAAGAUCGUUCGAUCAGAUGCGCUGUCUGGUUAAGGAAAAAGGGUAUCCGUCCAAAUGACGUGGUUGCAAUUUGUACCGAUAAUCAUUUAGACACGUGCAUACCAGUGUUCGCCGCUCUUUACCUCGGGGCACCAUAUUUACCCAUCGAUGAUGCUUCGGAUAUACGUAAGAAAUGUAGAUUCGAAAAUAAUCAUACUUAAUGACAAGACAGUGAA